AUGGAUAUUAAUGGCAAUAUCUCUAAGCUGACCAAGAAAUUCGAGCAAAAUAGAGAAAAGUAUCACACACUACAAGAAAUUGUACGUAGCGAGAUUGCAGAAAAAACUACCGGUGUCAAAAAUUCUGCUACCGAUGCUCUACUAUGGCUUAAAAGGGCUUUGAAUUUUAUUGCAGUUUUGCUAGAUUUAUUAGUUAAAACUACAGACGAAGUAUCUGUUUGUGCUUCUACAGCUUACGAACAAACUCUUCGACGAUAUCACGGUUUCAUAGUCAAAGGAAUCUUUUCGUUGGCUGUUAAAGCUUCACCUUAUAGAAAAAACUUCAUAAAAGCAUUAGGAAAAGAUCGUAGUGAAUCAGAAACACUUGAAGAUCUCAGGAAGUAUACAGAUUUACUAUUAGAAAAUGUUAACACCUUAAACCAAUUUUAUCAAGAAACUGGCCAAGAAAGGACUGAUAAAGUGUAA